CAGCUUCCGCUUCCGCCUGGAACCAGAGGAGGGACUCAAGCUAAUGGCGUCGGGGGCGAAACUGGCUGAAGGGGGCGGUGAGGAGGCCAAGGCAGAGGAGGAUCGAAGAGUUCUGGAACCUGGGGCUGCUCCGUUCGGAAAUUUCCCUUAUUAUUCCCACUUUUACCCUCCGGAACAGCGGCUCCGCCUCCUGCCCCCGGAGCUGCUUCGACGGCUUUUCCCUCUCGAUGGUCCUGAGACGAGGCCGAUCUUGGGGCUCGACGUGGGGUGUAACUCCGGGGAUCUGAGUGUGGCUCUAUACAAACACUUCCUUUCCCUAGAUGACGGGGAGACCUGCUCAGAUGCCUCCAGAGAACUGCGUUUCCUCUGCUGUGACAUAGAUCCAGUCCUGGUGGAACGAGCUGAAAAAGAAUGUCCUUUUCCUGAUGCCUUGACCUUUAUCACCCUGGACUUCAUGAAUCAAAGGACCCGGAAGGUUCUCUUGAGCUCUUUCUUAAGCCAAUUUGGAUGUUUAGUUUUUGACAUUGGUUUCUGCAUGUCAGUAACUAUGUGGAUUCAUCUGAAUCAUGGGGACCAAGGCUUGUGGGAAUUCUUAGCCCAUCUUUCCUCUCUCUGCCGCUACCUCCUUGUGGAGCCUCAGCCUUGGAAGUGUUACCGGGCAGCUGCAAGACGUCUCCGAAAGCUGGGACUCCAUGAUUUUGACCACUUCCGCUCACUUGCCAUCCGAGGUGACAUGGCCAAUCAGAUUGUACAGAUCUUGACCCAGGAUCAUGGCAUGGAAUUAGUAUGCUGCUUUGGCAAUACUAGUUGGGACCGAAGCCUCCUGCUCUUCAGGGCAAAAAAUACCGUAGAGACUCAUCCAAUCCCUGAGUUACUGACAGAAGAGAAAGAAAGGAACAGAUUAAGAUUCUGGAGACAGUGAGAUGAUAGGGCAGGAAAACCAGGAAAGAAAAAUUAAGAUGGCUUUAUACUGAGAAUUAUGUUCACUGUUUUGCAACAGUCAGACACCUUCAAGACCUCACAGAAACUUUUGGCAAAAUACCCAAGGCAUGCAACAGAAAGAAUCAAUAUCUAGUACCCAUUGUUUGGGACAAUCCCUGAGGAGAAUGAACUGUUUUGUCAUGCUGGGUAGCCCAGCUAGCUCAGUUGGUAGAGCAUGGCACUCUUAAUCCCAGGCUCAUCUGUUUUGUGGUGCUGAGGAUUGGAACUCACUAUGUGCAUGCUAAACAAGUGCUUUACUGUUGAACCACAUCUCCAACCUUUGAGAGUUAUUUAUUUUUAUUUUUGAGACAGUAGCAUAGUCUGAUCUUGAACUCACUGUGUGGCCCAGGCUGUCCUCAAACUCCCAACAAUCCUCUUGCCUCAGUCUCCCAAGUGCUGGAAUUACAGGCAUGUACCACCAUACCUGGCGCUUGGGGAGAUACUCUGAGGAUAAGGCUAACUUUGGAACGUGUCUGUUCCCUGGGAUCCUUAUAUCUGAUCUUGUUUCCCCAGGUAUUUUCCAAACUUUCUGGGCCUGCCUUUGGGCAAAACCUCAUAGAACAAACCAGUCCAUUUUAGUCCAGUCUGAAAUGAAGAAAGAAAGUGGUUAGUAGGAAAAGCAUCUUAUCUUUCUAGAGCAUGUCAAGCCUCUUAACGUGCCAGGCUGGACAUAGCACUUAGCGAUACUAGAAAAGAUACAUGCACUAACAUUUAAAAGAUGUUUAAAAGCCUUAAAUUAUGACCCCAAGGUGGUGAUCAGUCAGGAAUGAGGCUUAGGAACCUAUUUUGUUGCAUUCUAAUAUGGUAAAAGGUAACCUAAAACCAUUCUAACAAUUUUGUGUACAGUUCUAUGGUAUUAAUUACAUUCAUAAUGAGAAUUCUGUUUUUAACAGUUACCUCAAGAUUCUGACAUAAGUAGAAAUAGGUAACACUUUGAAUCCUUGGGGGUUUUUUGGUUCUAUCUAGGCUUCUACAUAUUUUUCCUGGGGUGAGUUCUUCCACUCUAAUGUCUUUAAUACUUACAUACUAACACUCCUAAAUAUAUUGGUAGCCUUGGUCCAUAAUUCCAGACUAAUAUUUUUCCUGCCUUAUAAUCCUCCUAAAUAGUUCUUAUGCGUCUCAAAUUCAACAUAUCCCAAAAGCAAAUUCAUUGUCCUCUUCCCAAACUAUUACUAUCUCAGUUGGCGGCAUUCAUUAGGUUACUCAAGCUAAAAUACCUGUGUUAGCCAGGUGUGGUGGCGCACACCUGUAAUCCCAGCACUUGGAAAGCCAAGGCAGGGGAUUGCUGUGAGUUCGAGGCCAGCCUGAACUGCAUAGCGAAACCUUAUCUCAAAACAACAAUAAUAAUAAUGAUUUUAAUCAUCAUUCCCUGUGUUGGUUCUUCCUUCAUGUUCCCCAUACUGAAAUAGUUACAAAUCUACCAAAUUCUCUCAAUAAGUUCCAUUCGUUCCAUCCAUGUAGCUGGUUUCUGUGUUAAGCCACUACUGCCAAUCUAUUCCGUACCUUGUAGCCAGUUUACUCAUGAACAGCUGAAAUAAUUUAUUUUCCUGUGCCCAAGUGAGAUUAGGCAUUUUGCAGAAUGUAGUGUUAAAAUAAGCUAUUAUCUUCUGAUACUUUGUAAGCAUGCUGCAGAUAUUUAUGUCUGUGAGGCCAAAGACUUACGAGAGAAAAAAGAAUCUCACAGAAAACAUGCAUCUUAGCCAGGUGUGGUGGCUCACUCCUGUAAUCCCAGCACUCGGGAGGCUGAGGCGGGAGGAUCGUUGCAAGUUCGAGACCAGCCUGGGCUACAAAGUGAGCUCAAGGCCAGCCUGAACUGCGUAGUGAGACCCCAUCUCAAAAAAAGACAAAAAAAAAAAAAAAGAAAAAACCCAAAACUUAUUGCUCUAACAAUUUGUGUUUUAGACUGAGGAAGUAAUAAGGAGUCGAGCUUCAUCACAACAGCAUUUGAAAGGAACCAAUGUUGAGAGGAAGAGGUAUGGAGGAGAUAAAGCCAGUUUUUAAUGGUCUCAGAGUGAUCUCUAGUGAUUACAGAGAUGAAUUUACCCAUCCUCUAAAUACCUCGCUUUAGAAACACUUUGCAGCCUUGUUUCCCUGCUGGGUUCUCCAGCCUAUUACCUUUGCCAAGGAGGGGCAAGGAAAUGUAUAUGGAUGGGGAUGUGGUAGGCUGAGUAAUGGACCCCAAGAUGUCUACGUACCCAUCUCUGGAAGCUAUGAACAAUAUCUUACAUAGCAGAAAGAAAUACAACUCUGCUAAUACCUUGAUUUUAGAUUUCUGUCUCCAGCGCUGUGAGAGAAUAAACUUGUGCUGUUUUAAACCA